CCGCUUCCGGCUUCCGGUGUCAUGGCGGCCUAAGCCCGCGGUGGCGGCCCCUCCCUGCGGAGCCGCUGUCCCGCGGCCGGGGAUGUGACCGUGGGCGCUGCCGGCUCCCCGGGCGUCGCGUCAGCUCCGGUGUCGCCCUCAGUCCGCGUCGAUGGCGGGGUCCGGCUGCGCGUGGGGCGCCGAGCCGCCGCGGUUCCUGGAGGCCUUCGGGCGGCUGUGGCAGGUGCAGAGCCGCCUGGGCAGCGGCUCCUCGGCCUCGGUGUACCGGGUGCGCUGCUGCGGCACCCCCGGCUCGCCCCCCGGCGCGCUCAAGCAGUUCCUGCCGCCGGGCAGCACCGGGGCCGCGGCCUCGGCUGCCGAGUACGGCUUCCGCAAGGAGAGGGCGGCGCUGGAGCAGCUGCAGGGUCACAGGAACAUCGUGACUUUAUAUGGAGUCUUUACAAUCCACUUUUCUCCAAAUGUGCCGUCACGCUGUCUGUUGCUUGAACUCCUGGACGUCAGUGUUUCGGAAUUGCUCUUAUACUCCAGUCACCAGGGUUGUUCCAUGUGGAUGAUACAGCACUGUGCCCGAGACGUUCUGGAGGCCCUUGCUUUUCUCCAUCACGAGGGUUACGUCCACGCAGACCUCAAACCCCGUAACAUACUGUGGAGCGCAGAGAAUGAAUGUUUUAAACUCAUCGACUUUGGGCUUAGCUUCAAAGAAGGCAAUCAGGAUGUAAAAUAUAUUCAGACAGACGGGUAUCGGGCUCCAGAAGCAGAACUGCAGAACUGCUUGGCCCAGGCGGGCCUGCAGAGUGACGCAGAAUGCACCUCAGCUGUUGACCUGUGGAGUCUCGGGAUCAUUCUGCUGGAAAUGUUCUCAGGAAUGAAACUGAAACACACAGUCCGAUCUCAGGAGUGGAAGGCGAACAGCUCUGCUAUCAUUGACCAUAUAUUUGCCAGUAAAGCAGUCGUGAAUGCCGCCAUCCCCGCCUAUCACCUCAGAGACCUUAUCAAAAGCAUGCUUCACGACGACCCGAGCAGAAGAGUCCCCGCGGAAAUGGCGCUGUGCAGCCCGUUCUUCAGCAUUCCUUUCGCCCCUCACCUGGAAGACCUGGUGGUGCUCCCCACCCCAGUGCUGAGGCUGCUCAACGUGCUGGACGGCGAUUAUCUUGAGAACGAAGAGGACUACGAAGAUGUUGUGGAAGAUGUGAAAGAGGAAUGUCAGAAAUAUGGACCAGUGGUGUCUCUACUUGUCCCCAAGGAAAACCCGGGCAGAGGACAAGUCUUCGUGGAGUAUGCAAAUGCUGGCGACUCGAAAGCUGCCCAGAGGUUACUGACGGGAAGGAUGUUUGAUGGGAAGUUCGUCGUGGCUACUUUCUACCCUCUGACCGCCUACAAGAGGGGGUACCUGUACCAAACCUUGCUUUAACCGGUGACCCUAGGACCGCGUCCUGUCUUGUCUUCUACCCCCGAUUGCAGAAGUGCCCUUCCCCUCAGGAGGGCACGCCUUGUCCAUGUUUCAUCCUGCUAGUGUGCGGCCACUGCUGACCCUGGGCGCUGGGCAGGGCCAGGCCUGCCAGCCGCACGGCGAGGCGUCCCCGUGGGCACCUGUCCUCGUGGGGGCAGGUGCUGCUCUCCAGCUGGAACCCAACAAUUACCCCAUGUGACUCUGAAGCAAGGUGGAGUCCCCGUGGCCCAGUGACCAUGAGCGCGUUUGUCAGAGCAGAGACAUCACUUACACGCGGCCCCUUUAUGUUGUUGGGUGGCUUUUCCUCACCAGGUUGGGCUGGGUGCUCCCAGUGACGCUGAGUGAUAGUGGAGCGGCAGUCACCCACUGUCAUCACCCUGAGUGCUGAGGUUUCCAGGGAGCGCGGGAGUCCUGAGCCUUCCUUUCAGGAUGCGCAGUGAGCCUGUCUGUCUGCAGCGUUUGAAGUGACGGCUUUGAAAAUGGCGAACCGAAGCCUGAUCUUGCACAACUUGUGUGUCUGGUGUGUUUGCUUGAGCGGUGAAGGUGUGAAAGGGAACAUUGGAGCCAGUGCACUUUCGUGGGAGCCUGCUAAGCGAGUGCAGUGUGUACUCUCCUCUCCCUACUUGUCUCACACCUGCAGUGGAGGGUGUCUGUUUUGGAGAGUUGCUCUGUCUGAUGGAGAGACAAUAGAAAAUCGCUCCUUCCUGAGAGGUCCCGAGCAGGCACGUCGACCCGUGGCUGCGUGCCAGGGGCGCACUGCUGCACAGGGUGGGGGCCCAUUCUUCGUCAGCUUGAGGACCAGAAUUUCCUUGAUCACUGCCUGAUUUCUCAAGGCAUGGCUCUGCCUGCUGUGCUGGAAAAUCGAGGUUGCUCAGAAAAGACAGAGAUGUCAGCGACGGGAAAAGAAAGAACAGUAGGCAGGGGUGGGUGGUGAUCAAGGAUUCUCCUGUGCCCGCUUUCUCUCGCUCGUCCCCCUCCCCGUUCUCUGCCUUGGCCUUUAGCUGGAGAGAAGCUAGAGGAACGGUGUCCCAUGUGGUCUAGCUUUUGAAGGCCAACACGUCAGGGAAGGUGGAGCUCUAAGAAGGAGGUAGAAGGGAAGAAAGACUCGUGAAGAAGCCUUCAGUCUGAUGGUCCGCGUCGAGGACACUGGUGUGCGUGAGGUCGUGGGCCCGGGCUGACCCCAUGGCUCCUCCCACGUCGUGGUCAGUUGUCUAAGGGUUUAAAGCGUAAGAACCCUGAUUAGCACUGAUUACACAAAAAAAGUUGUAUACAGAUGAUUUUUGUCUUGUUUCCUUACUUAAGUAAGAUUUCUAUUUAUUUAUUUUUUCCUAAAGGAAAAGUCUUUUGUACCUUUGCCUGCUGGAAACCUCGUCACGCAUCAUGUGCCCCACCCCUCCGUGUGCCGCGCAGAUCACUGGGAGCCCAGAGGAAACCUGCCUUUUAGAGAGGGGGGUAUUUUACCCUGUCCAGCAAUUACUGCUUGACACUUUAGUCAUCAAAUGAUUAGGAAUUCCUUCAUAUUUAUUGUGAAGCCCAAUUUGGUACCAGGGGACUGAUUUAUGAAUUGCCGAGGGACCUGUGACAUGGUCCCCAAGGGAAAAUUACGUGGGAAGCUUCUAAUAUGUGUCCUUAGAAAGAAGCAAGUUAGUGUUCAUUUUGGCCCUUUCAGAGGUUGGUUAGCUGGUUUGUUUUCAAACAAAAAUCCCAGAGACCAUAAGCAGUGUGGUAGAGACCUAGGCUUUCCUGACACCGGGUUCCUACGGUCGCAGCUUCAUGGCCUUUGGAAAGACCAGGCCCUUCCACACGUGCUCACAGACGCAGACCACAGAUGGAUCGUGUCCGGCGAGUGUUCUAGCUUCACACACCUGCCUCUCGUCCCCACCCCCAAGGACUGCCGUCCCCUCUGGGCGGGGACGCGCUGGCAUCUGGGUGGUCUCCUUGCUGUUGCUUUCCAACGAUCCGUGGUGUGUGACACUGUAGAUUUUUACUGCACAACAUGCUAACUGACUGGGUUGAAGGGAGCUGGGGGACUAAUCAAUGAGCC